AUGCCCAGGCUUUUCCAAGACAACCAAGAGAACUUGCAGAAAUACUGUUCUGGGCCAUUCUUGUGGAAGCAACUUCUGCCCUUGUUUAGGAUUAAGGGAUAUACUGCAAACAUCUGCCAAGCCCCAGAACAUGAAGAGGACUCCAAAGUUGUGCAUGACUUCAAGCCUAUGGGAUCAGAACGGACGGAAAUGCGAAAACGGCAGAUGUCAACAGCCCAGGAGACACCAGAAACUGCUCCAGGACAGCAUGCUGGAGGAAAUCGUGGCUCCAAUGCCUGCUGCUUCUGCUGGUGCUGCUGCUGUAGCUGUUCUUGCCUCACUGUCAGAAACCAAGAAGAUCAGAGAACCAGGAGGGCUUCCCAGGAACUCAGAACAGAAGGCCCCCCGAUCUGUGAAGAAAGCACAACCCCAACACUGGAUGAAGUCAUUGCUUGGGCUCAGUCCUUCGACAAGUUAAUGGUCACUCCAGCAGGAAGAAAUACUUUCCGUGAAUUCCUUCGGACAGAAUUCAGUGAAGAAAAUAUGCUUUUCUGGAUGGCCUGUGAGGAACUGAAAAAAGAAGCUAAUACAAGCAUGAUUGAAGAGAAAGCAAGGAUAAUAUAUGAAGACUACAUUUCUAUUCUUUCUCCUAAAGAGGUCAGCUUAGACUCCCGGGUAAGAGAAGUCAUCAACAGAAACAUGUUGGAACCAUCUGAGCACAUAUUUGAUGAUGCACAACUUCAGAUUUACACCCUAAUGCACAGAGACUCAUACCCCCGCUUUAUGAACUCUGCUCUCUAUAAGGACUUGCUCCAGUCCUUAUCUGAGAAGUCCAUUGAAGCGUAG